AUGUCACUCGCAGGUUACACCGAGGAGCGGCCUUCCACACAGUUUACCGCCCAGCUCCCGAGUGAGGUGAGCCCGGCCCCCGCCGGCCCCGCCCCCACUCCUCAGCCGGCGCUUCAGCCUCUAUCCUAUGCCCUUCUGCACCUCUCCGCCUCAGACUCGACAGACCCGCCUUUCCUCCAGGUACCGCUCCCGUCUUCGCCUGUCUCCCCUCCUCCGCCACCGGCGAGCGGCAAGUCCAUCUCCAUGUGCUACACCAGCACUGGAACACUCCUCUCUCUGCCACCGAAGAAGAAAGACAUCUACCGCCCAUACUGCCUCGUGGACCGCGCGUCACACCUCAACCGCCCCGAAGAGGACCUCAACGCAGCACAUGCCAUCCUCGACCUCAGCCAGCACGUGUUCUUGUCGCCGCGCGUGGAGCCGGCGCCCCCCGAGUCUGUGCCAGCCCCCCCACCACCUGCACCAUCACCGCCACCACCGCCACCACCACCACCCCCGCCGCCACCACCCGAACAACCUGCACAAGAAACAGUUACUGAGCGACCGCGAGAGACCAUCGCAUACACUUAUGACGCAUUUUUCGUCAGUGAUGGCCGUUCCAAGCGCAGAAACUAUGCAAACGCGCCCGUCGAGGCAAUUCCACCACCUGAACCGAAAUCGAAGUAUACGUGCAGUGAGUGUGGUAAGCGCUAUGCCACUUCAUCUAAUCUGUCGCGCCACAAGCAGACGCACCGCAGCCUGGACUCGGUGGCGGCCAAGCGGUGUGGCGAGUGCGGCAAGGCGUACGUGUCCAUGCCAGCGCUGGCCAUGCACGUGCUGACACAUCAACUAUCACACGUGUGUGGCGUGUGCGGGAAGCUAUUUUCGCGACCAUGGCUUCUACAAGGCCACCUCCGCUCUCACACGGGUGAAAAGCCUUAUGGCUGCGCACAUUGUGGCAAAGCUUUUGCGGAUCGAUCAAAUCUACGCGCACACAUGCAAACGCAUUCAUCGGACAAGAAUUUUGAGUGUACGCGAUGCCACAAGACGUUUGCACUCAAGAGUUAUCUAAACAAGCACCAGGAGUCAGCGUGCGUGCGAGAAGAUGAAGAUGAAUCGCCGUCGCCCGAGCCGGCCGCGCCCGUCUCCGCGUCCGGCUAAGGGCUACGCAAGCCGACGCAACUAGGGACCGUAACCACCGCCGAAUGGUUUAUUCGUAAACAUAAAGUAUUAAUAUGAAUUUAGCUUCUUAGCGUAAUAUUAAAUUUACAAUAUGACAGGAGCGAGCGCGUCGGGCGGGCGCCGCAUCGCGCGCCGGACGCGCCGCGACACAAUCGAGCAACGUUUCGCAUACAACGAAUCACGUACGACCCCGUAGAGCCGCGGCCAACGCGGCCGCAGGCCGUAGCGUCACACGUCCCGAUAGCGGUAAUUUAAUAUUAAAUAUGUAUAUAGUCGUCGAUAAAAUAUACCCUUAUAUACAUAGAUGUAUUGAAAUAUGAAUGAAAACUAAUAUCUUUUGUAGGUGAUUUUUACAACCGCAAAGUAGGUUAGAGAGUAUUAGAGUGUAAGUUUAGCGUCGAGAUGCGAGAGCCGAGCGCCGAGGUCGCGGGUGGAGGGUCGCCUCCUCCGUCUCGGUGAGGAACUUGCCAAAACUUUCCGUCCGAAGCUCCGCACACACGCCGCCGCAGCGCCGCAGCGCACCGCGGCCCGCGACAGUGCCUUACCUCUCGCCCCGCCGCGGCACCACCCCCGCACGCGCGCUCUCUACUUCCUACUGCUCACCCUCGCUACUACUCGCUACUUAACACGCUGGCAACGUUCUCAUAUACCGUUUGCGUUAACUCUAACUCAAACUAUGGACCUUACUCGUAUUCUAAAUAAAUUCCUAAACUGUUUUCAAACUUGAAAAGUUGAAAUAUAUCCAUACUUCAUUUUCAAUUAUCGGAUCUGAUCGGCUUGUAUUUAAAUUACACAAAUAACCAGUGUCUGAAUUGAAGUACCUAUAACUCGCAAGUUAAGAGUGCGGGGGCGCGUGAAGGGCGAAGGCGGGGGUCGGUCGCCCUGUGGCGGCGACAGGGCAGGGCCGCGCGCCACAGCGUGCAAGCCUUUAGUCGAGCGUGUGUCUUUAGGUGACAAGUCAAACGUAACUGGCAAUAAACUAACUUAGCAUAAGGUAGCAUUAACGUAGGUUAACGAGGCGAGCACGAGGUGCUCGGUCAGAAAUGGGUAUUCGAAAAGCAAUAAUAAUGUAGGUAAAGUCGCGCACCGCUGUCAAAUAGACGCAGCAGACUACAUAUUCUAUUGACCCUGUAGUUCUCCGUAGAGGUUAGCUGUCCCCUACAUCGGCGUCACGGGCUCGAUUUCGUUCGUACGAAAGUAUUACGCUAUAAACGCGAUUAGUAGGAAUGUAGCAGCUAGUAUGUAGUGUUGAAUUUGGCAGGUUCGAGUUCUGCCCGCGGGGUCGAUGCCUUCCCUUAGUCUAUUAGUUGGUGCCUCGAGUCAAUUCGUCGUUGGUGUUUAUUUAAACCCAGUCAAUUAAAAUAUUUUUCAAAAAAGUUCCUGUAUUAUAGCAAACUGUUUUGGGAUUUCCCUUUAUAAAAUUUUCUAUACCUUUUGAGAUGACUUUUAGUUUUGUGCAUUGCAUAGUAUUUGGUAAAAAUAAUAUUUAGGUCGAAAUCAAUGGUAACAUUAUCGGAUGAGAUAAAUCAAUUGAUUUGGCAUCAGAUGAAUGACUACAGUUACUUUUUCAAUGUAUGUUUUGUGUGCUGAAAAUAAUUGGAAUAUUAUUACUAAAUUGUUUGAAACCCCACUUUACAAGCGACAGGAGAGCCUCUAGAGGCACUAAACUGAACACUAGUAAUUAUAUUCCUUAUCCAACAUACUCCUAAUAGUAGCUGUAGUGCCACAUUUUAUCUAUUUUCUUAGAUACUAUAGUUCUCUUCCCUUCGUAAUACAUUAACCUUUUGAUCGCCGACUGAUUAGUUUAUCUAAGACAUUUAAUCAUUAAUAUAUUGAAGAAUAAUACUGAUAUUAAUAAUAAAUAGUAUGUAUUAAAUAAUAAUAGAUUAGACAGUGUACAUUUGGGUACAUUGUACCAAAGCGGCGAUCAUGUGGUUACAAAAUAUUUAUUUUAUAACGUUUAGGGUACGCCAGACAAAGGUGACGCGUGAAAAGCAAUAUUAAGGUAAAUCAAUAAGCAAUAUUAUGUGGUAGAGUCGAUUGGCUAAAUUUAAAAUUAGAAUAUUAGAUAUUUUGGUGCUUUGGAGUUAUAUUGAACUAAAUUGAAACGAAAUUAACAUCGAAUAUUGAGUAAUGGAUUGUUAUAAGAGCGACCACGUCUUCAGUUUAGAAUGUUCUCAAAUAAAUCUAUAUACAGUCUAUUAUCUAUUGACCUACUGGUUUCCCUUCCCUUUCAUCUUCUUUCUAGUAAUCUAGCCUUACUCCUAGUCUAGUUGAUCUAUGUAUACCCUCUAAUACUCCCUUCUUCGAGGAACCCUUUCCUAUUCUUCUUAGCUCUCCCUACUGGUCUAAAGUAGAACUAGCAGACUAAUUGCUUGUAAUGUAAAAUAAAAUUAAAAACGAAGAUAUUUUAUUCAAAUAUUUAUACUAACGUUAUUGUAAUUGUAGCAGUUAUGCAGUUAGGUAACUAACUAUUAAUAAUAACGAAACCAACUUAUAUUAUACAAAAUAUAUAAUAUACAUCGUAAUGUAAAUAUGUCCCUGUGUACCAAAUUUCCCUUCUUUACAAUUUUUGUAGAUGUAGAAUUAAUGAAUUACCUUUAUGACUAUACAUUAAACCUGUACUAUAGCGACCGGAAAAUCUGGUAACUUUAGUUAGUAAGUCCACCAUUAGACUUUAUAGUGUACACAUAUAAUGUAUUAUAUACCUAACUACCUACUCCAGUACCAACUCGCGCCGACGAAACUUUCCAUUUCCAUCGCCGGUAAUACUUUUCCUAACAAAACUGUUUUGAAAUCAUACCUCCAUUUUCCUUAGUCAAUAGAUACGAUACAAAUAAAAUGUAAUUGUAAAAGUACUUUAACCAAUGCAAGGUACACACGAAAUAUUUCCAUUAAGUCAACGAGUUAAGUCGAAGUUGUGUAACUUCGAAUACAUAAGGAUCUUUAAAUUAAAUUAAACUCAGUGAUAAAACUAAAAAAUUGUCCAAAUUAGCAAUACGAUAAGCAAUAUUAAUUAAGAUAAAGUCAAGGCCGUAAACGAAGUUAGGAUUGUAAAUUAGAGACGAACUCACCACAUGUACAUCUCAGCCACGCAGAACACGUACUUACAUACAUACAUACAUAUUCAUACAUACAUUCAAUAUUAUAAUUAAUUCAUUUGCAAAGACUACGUAUGCCUCAGUUAAUUAAAAAGAAAACACAUUUAGGUCACAUAAAAACGCUUUGGAAAAUUCAUUAACGUUACGCUGGCACAGCAACACAUUUGCCGUCAAUUUCAAUAAUUAUUUUGCAACGCCUGCAAAAUGGCGCGACACAGUUUUUAACGCGCUUAUAUUUAUGUGAACACUUCAAAUUGUGCACGUGAGCGUCCGAAGCAGGGAUAUUUCACCACGACUACUUUGGUUGUCGGAUUACAUUAGAUUUUACUGAGUAAUCAAAUAAAUAACACCGUGGGAAACGUACAAUAUGGCUGCGUAUUGUAUGUUUAGUACAGAGUCCACGUGCACCGUAACAUGAACUGCGAGCUCACACUAAGCCACUCCACGACUUAGAAUGAGCUGGGAACGGACAUCAUCAAUGCUUCAAAGCUCCAUUAUCACCAAAAACAAUGCACACUCCAUCACAUUCACCAAAGUCCUAACAUCGUUUACAAAAGUAUACAUAUUUCUAGACACUUACUAUAAAUACCUAGCAUACGGCAAUAAUAUGACUACUCUAAGAAGAGCAAUAAUAAAAGCAAUAUUAUUUUAUAAAUUUAGUUGUGGGAUGCGGAAAUUAAAUUUGGCUAAGUAAGUAGACUGGAAACUAAAGUGAUAUGAUGUUUUAUAAAAUUUCGUUGUUUCUAUUGCUUAGGAUAAAAAAAAAUAUUACGAAAAUACUGUUUUCGUUUAUAAAUAAUGAGGCAAUUACUAUUUUUAGAACGUCAUUGUUUUAUAAUGAAAUCGAUUCAAAAUAAUAUUCUACGGAACGUGUUGUUCAUCGACACUCGUAUAAUAGUUGUCUCGUAACUGAGCCAAUCGUAGUGGCUACGAACGAGCUACGCCGUAGCAAAUUGCUACGAGCGCUCUGUUUUAUUGUUUGAUGCAUUUAGAGCUGUCGUGACAGAGCAAAAUGCUGAAAUACUGCAGUAACAAUGAUUGAAAAUGUUUUUCUAUUUAUUGGAUGAAUAGGAACUAAACGAAAAUUGAUAUUGAUAUUUGAACUUUAAAAAUCCAUGCGAUUUUUAUACCGAUGUGAUGGCAACUAAAGGAAUAAGCGACAGUUCUAUGAAGGUUGACUUGUUUGAAUAAGGGCCUACAACAACUUAUAUUACGUAAAAGGUUUCUGGCUUAAAAAGUUAGUAUAUACUGUCAUUCUGUCGCUUAUACUGUUUUUGCAAUAAUCUUGUAAGAUCAGAUUUUACCUUUUUUUAUAGAUGGCAGUUAGAACGUUAUCAAAAUAACUCGGAUUGGUUGGAAAUAUUGCUAUUUCAAACGCACUAUAAAUUUCAUACGUUCGACUAAAAUUCGAAAACGAUAAGAAUACAUUUCUGUUACGUAACUGGCCCGAAGUAAUCCCGUCCUAACGGUACCUAAGAACAUUUCCAAAAGGUCAAAUGUCUUCAAUAAAAUGUUCACUUAAAUACCAAUCAGUCCCCUUAUUCGUAAAUCCCAUAACUUAUUGUCAUCCGAGUUUUCGCAUACAUUGAAAUAAAAUCGGUGAUUAAUCGGCAAGUGAAUUUUGUACGAGUUUAAAUGUCGCCCAACUAACUUUAUGACGCAAUAAAUUGUACUGAAUUACGGAUUACGGAUUAAAAUCAAAAGUACAUAGGAGCGAAAAUAAUUUUUGAUGUUGUUGAAUAAUAUUCUAUUCUAUUAAUACUAUGUAUUGACUAUUUAAAAACGUAUUGAAGGCAAUAUUUCAGUAAUGAUGUGGUACAAAAUUACCGUCAAAUUAUACUAAUCGUACUAUUGAUAACGAUUAUUUUUUAAUACAUUCUAGCAUUUACUUACUUGCACACAUCGAUCUACAAUAUAAUUAGGAAUAUUUUAACUCUACGACUUCAUUUACAAACAUUAAGCAUUCCAAAAUUAUUUACACGUAUUAAAAUAUUAACAGAAUAGACAACGAUGAUUAUUGCGUCUGUUGUAGGUCCAGUAAUACGAUUUAGGCCAUAUAAAUAUGUGGAUAAGGUUUAGAAACGAAAAGCAAUAUAGAAUAUUAAAGUGAUUAUAAUCAGCAAUAUUAAAAUUUAAGAGAAUACAAGUAUUAAUGAGACAACGAUAUAAAUUAUUAAUCGAAAUUUGACAACGAAUCGUUUUCAUUCGACAUUUAUUUGCACAACGAAUAUAUAUUAUACAUUAUUUACUAUAUUAGUGACUUUAGGCUAUCGAAAUUAUUUUAGAAUAGUUAGUUACUUUACUUUAUUUAGACAUCUCGGUAUUGAAAAUAAAGACGGGAUUAAUUUAAAAAAUACAUAUAAAAUAAAUCGUUUUAUUAAUAACAAAGUAAACAGUUAAAUUGAUAGCGUAAUAGUUCGUUAUAGGUUAGACAUAGAGUAGGUCUAGGUCAUAGUAUUCUAGUCAUAUAACUGUAAAUGAUAUAAUAACCUUAGUAGUAGAAAGAAUGGUGAUUACAUAAUGUGAUGCAUCGUAGACGCGGAUGUUUUGUAGGUAGAAUGAGAAGGUUUAAUAAUAUUCAAGAGAUUGAUGAUUAUUACUCAGUUUGCCUUAUGAAUCCUUGUAUAAGUGAGCUCUGACGUCAUAGUAACGUAAUUAAUGCUUUGACAAAUUACCUAAUACAAGAAAUCCGCGAUUCUCUUCGUACCAAUCAUAAGUGUUGUGUCAAUUGUCCAGUCAAUAUCUUUCAACUAAUAGGAACCGUUUUCAAGUUAUAUCUCAAUGUCAGUUACAUAAUAUGCGAGUAGUUUUAUUCUUAUCUCACUUAUACAAUAUUCGUAUUAUAAAUAUAAAGUAAGAUGACGAAUAUACCGAGUUUGAACGUUUCUAUAAUAACAUUUGUUAGUCAUACUGAUUCCAACAAUUCACAUUUAAUAAUAACGACCAAAAUAUUAAUGUCACUUUUGUAUCUCGGCAUAGUUGCUCCACUUAGGGUCACUGUUCGCAUGUUCGCCGAGGCUUAGCAUUGUAAGCGACUCGACGCCUGCUCUAGCUAACAAGAUCGCGAUGUUCCAGCGAACAGUGGCUCUUAGACCUGACCAAUGGCUAUGCAUUAUAUAAGGCUUGAUCUAUUAUUUCGCUUUAGAUUUAAAAUAAUUACUCAACAAUAUAUCGAUACCACGUAGAUAUUGUAUUACGACCUUUAACUUUAAUAUUAUUACAAUAAGUGUAGUAUGUCAAUUUUUUAAUUCACGUAUUCCUUCCUAUUAUGCAAUUAUUAUAUACCAAGAAGUACCUACAGAGUUAGUCGAUAACAUUGCAUGAAAAUUAUUAUUAUAGCAUAGUCUAAUAAUAAGUAAGCGUAUUAAAAUUAUCCCAAGUAAUGUAUUUGGUGAGAAACGACGAAUUUAAUUUGUAUUUCGAUUGUUUAUGACGUCAUAAUGUUGGACGCACUGAAACUAACUAUACAUUUGACCAUUCGAAUUCCAUUGUCAUUUAAAUAACUUCCAACUUUAACCCAAAUCUCACUAAUUAAACUAUGCAAUUACGGCAUUUAAAUAAAUACUAUUGUAAAUAGAAUUAAAAAGAACUUUAAUUCAUACUGUCAUCGUAACAUUUCGAAUAUUGUUUUUGAGAAAUCACUUUUUCAUAACUGACAUUAUGACGUUAGCCUAAAAUUGUUCCUAAUUUUCCAACCUGACUACUGUUGUGUGAGUUUACUGCUUAUUUACUUCUGUAUAUGUAACGCAUUUAAUAUAAUCUAAGUAUCUAGGGUCCACUGCGUUGUCAUAAUGUAGAUGUUGCCUAGGCGAAGGUUGACUUGACGUGUUUGGCAUAAGAUACACUAUCAACAUUGAGUUGUAUAAUAUGUACGUUCAAACUAUCUAUAAGAAUACCUUUUUGAUGUACGUGCAAUAUACCUAAUCAAUAUUAAGUAAUAUAUUGGCAUUUUGAAUGGUAACUGGUUUGGACUGAAAGUUGGUUCCCAAGAAUUUGUGUAUUUCAAGGACUAUGUUGUAUGUGUUAAGAACAUGUCAUGUUUAUGUGUAGUUAAACAACCAGCCCGUGUUUGUCUCUUUACUAACAGGCUUAAACUUUAAUAACAAGUCGUUCGAUUGACACAAAUCUGUGCAGACACGAACAAUCUUCUUACCACAUACAAAAUUAUUUGAGUUAUAACGUCUGGC